GCAGGCUGGAGGGUGUCGGAUCCAAGAUGGCGCCGUGCGGACGUGUCCGGAGCCCCUGGCCGGGCCCGCUGGCGCUGCUGCUCCUCUCGCUCUCGCUCUCGGCCGCGGAGCCGGCCGCAGGGGGGCCCGGGCUGGGGGCGGCUGGCCAGGGCGGCCAGCAGCAGGUCCCGGCGGGCGGGACGGGCCCCGGGGGGCGGGGGCCCCGCGGCGGCGGCGGCUCCAGCGGCGGGUGGAAGCUGGCGGACGAGCCCGCCUGCCGCGAGGACGUGACUCGCGUCUGCCCCAAGCACAGCUGGGCCAACAACCUGGCCGUGCUGGAGUGUCUGCAGGACGUGAGAGAGCCGGACAAUGAAAUCUCUUCAGACUGCAACCAUCUGUUGUGGAACUACAAAUUGAACCUGACUACAGACCUGAAGUUUGAAUCCGUGGCCAGAGAGGUCUGUAAGUCCACCAUAGCAGAGAUCAAAGAAUGUGCAGAUGAGUUAGCUGGGAAAGGCUACUUGGUGUCCUGUUUGGUGGACCAUAGAGGUAACAUCACUGAAUACCAGUGUCACCAGUAUAUCACCAAAAUGACAGCCAUCAUCUUCAGUGAUUACCGUCUGAUCUGUGGCUUCAUGGAUGAUUGCAAGAAUGAUAUUAAUGUCCUCAAAUGUGGCAGCAUUCGACCUGGAGAAAAGGAUGCGCACUCACAAGGAGAGGUGGUGGCCUGCCUGGAGAAAGGGCUGGUAAAGGAGGCAGAGGAGAGUGAUCCCAGAAUUAAGGUUUCUGAUGAGUGUAAGAAAGCAAUUCUUCGUGUGGCUGAACUCUCCUCUGAUGAUUUCCACUUGGACCGACACCUGUACUUCGCAUGCCGCGAUGACCGGGAACGCUUCUGUGAAAAUACUCAGGCUGGGGAAGGCCGGAUUUACAAGUGCCUUUUUAACCACAAGUUUGAAGAAUCAAUGAGUGAAAAGUGUCGUGAUGCACUGACAACCCGUCAAAAGCUGAUUGCUCAGGACUAUAAAGUCAGUUAUUCACUGGCAAAAUCCUGUAAAAGUGACCUGAAGAAGUACCGCUGCAAUGUGGAGAACCUUCCCCGGUCCCGGGAAGCCAGGCUUUCCUACCUGCUGAUGUGUCUAGAGUCUGCAGUGCACAGAGGUCGGCAAGUGAGCAGUGAGUGCCAGGGUGAAAUGUUGGAUUACCGGCGCAUGCUAAUGGAAGACUUCUCGCUGAGCCCGGAAAUCAUUCUGAGCUGCCGAGGGGAGAUUGAACACCACUGCUCAGGACUGCAUCGGAAAGGGCGUACUUUGCAUUGCCUGAUGAAAGUUGUACGUGGGGAGAAGGGAAACGUUGGACUCAACUGCCAGCAGGCGCUUCAAACUCUGAUUCAAGAGACUGACCCUGGUGCAGAUUACCGCAUUGACAGAGCUUUGAAUGAGGCUUGUGAAUCAGUAAUACAGACGGCUUGCAAACACAUACGAUCUGGAGAUCCAAUGAUUCUGUCAUGCCUUAUGGAGCACUUGUACACUGAGAAGAUGGUAGAGGACUGUGAACACAGGCUCCUGGAGCUCCAGUACUUUAUUUCUCGUGACUGGAAAUUGGAUCCAGUCCUUUAUCGCAAGUGCCAGGGAGAUGCUUCUCGACUCUGUCAUACCCAUGGCUGGAAUGAGACUACUAGUGACCUGAUGCCUACAGGGGCUGUCUUUUCCUGUUUGUACAGACAUGCCUACCGCACGGAGGAGCAGGGAAGGAGGCUGUCACGAGAGUGCAGAGCAGAAGUACAACGAAUCCUUCACCAGCGUGCAAUGGAUGUGAAGCUGGAUCCAGCCCUCCAGGACAAGUGCAUGAUCGACCUGGGAAAAUGGUGCAGUGAAAAAACAGAGACAGGGCAGGAACUUGAAUGCCUCCAGGACCAUCUUGAUGACUUAGUGGUUGAGUGCAGAGACAUAGUUGGAAAUCUUACUGAGUUGGAGUCUGAGGAUAUUCAGAUUGAAGCCUUGCUGAUGAGAGCGUGUGAGCCCAUCAUUCAGACGUUCUGUCAUGAGAUGGCAGAUAACCAGAUAGACUCUGGGGACUUGAUGGAAUGUUUGAUUCAGAACAAGCACCAGAAGGAGAUGAAUGAGAAGUGCGCCAUUGGAGUCACUCACUUCCAGCUGGUUCAAAUGAAGGAUUUCAGAUUCUCAUACAAAUUUAAAAUGGCUUGCAAGGAGGAUGUGCUGAAACUUUGCCCCAACAUCAAAAAAAAGGUGGACGUGGUGAUCUGUCUAAGCACUACGGUGCGCAAUGACACACUGCAGGAUGCCAGGGAGCAGCGAGUGUCUCUGAAGUGCCGCAAACAGCUGCGCGUCGAGGAGCUAGAGAUGACGGAGGAUAUUCGACUGGAACCAGAGCUGUAUGAGGCUUGUAAGAGUGACAUCAAGAACAAUUGCCCGAAUGUUCCCUAUGGCAAUGCACAGAUUAUUGAGUGUUUGAAGGAAAACAAGAAGCGUCUGAGCAACCGGUGUCACCAGAAAGUGUUUAAACUGCAGGAGAAUGAGAUGAUGGAUCCAGAACUAGACUACACACUCAUGAGGGUCUGCAAGCAAAUGAUCAAGAGGUUCUGUGCUGAAGCAGAUUCAAAGAACAUGUUGCAGUGUCUGAAACAGAAUAAGAACAAUGAGGUGAUGGACCCUAAAUGUAAACAAAUGAUCACCAAGCGACAGAUCACACAGAACACAGAUUACCGCUUGAAUCCAGUGCUCAGAAAGGCCUGCAAACAAGACAUUCCCAAAUUUUGCCAAAAUAUUCUGAGUACAGCUAAGGAUGAUGCAGAGUUGGAGGGGCAGGUCGUCUCCUGCCUCAAGUUGAAAUAUGCAGACCAGCGUCUGUCUCCAGACUGCGAGGAUCAAAUCCGAGUGAUAAUCCAGGAAUCUGCUCUUGAUUACCGGCUAGAUCCCCAGCUGCAAAUGCACUGUUCUGAUGAGAUCUCCAGGUUGUGUGCAGAGGAAGCAGCAGCGCAGGAACAGACUGGGCAGGUGGAGGAGUGCCUGAAAGUUAACCUGCUCAAAAUUAAACCUGAGAUGUGUAAAAAGGAGGUGCUCAACAUGCUGAAGGAGAGCAAAGCAGACAUAUUUGUUGAUCCAGUGCUUCACACAGCCUGUGCCCUAGACAUCAAACACCACUGUGCAGCCAUCCCACCCGGAAGAGGACGUCAGAUGUCUUGCCUAAUGGAAGCUUUGGAAGACAAGCGUGUGAGGUUACAGCCUGAAUGUAAGAAACGCCUUAAUGAUCGGAUUGAAAUGUGGAGCUAUGCUGCGAAGGUUGCCCCAGCAGAAGGCUUUUCUGAUCUUGCUAUGCAAGUGAUGACUUCUCCGUCCAAGAACUACAUCUUGUCUGUUAUCACAGUCAGCAUCUGUGUACUCUUCCUGAUUGGCCUCCUGUGUGGACGCAUCACCAAGCGGGUGACACGAGAGCUCAAGGACAGGCCACUCUCUGGUUGGGACCUGGGAUACACAGGUUGAGUGUGUGGUUCAAAUGUGGCAGUGUUGCACGAGAGUCGGCAUGUACAGUAAGAUAUAGAUAAAUAUAUUUUAUUAACCUGUUAGAUGUGUUCUCCUGUGCGUGCUGGAAUAUAAAUCAUGUGCCUAAUGCUGUCCACCUAGGCUAAUGCUUGAUCUAUAACUUUCUUUUCCUGCUCCCUGUUAUUGCACCGCUAAGUAAUUUCUGAAAUUUCCAGUGUUAUGUAUCGAUCUGAUACAAGGUGGGGGCAUUUCUGAAUGUGAACCAGCUGAUUCUAAUCAUGCUAUGUAAACAUACUGAUCUCUAAAAAUACUGUGAUUGCUUUUGCAAAAUGCUAGAGAGGGGUACAAAGUUAGGUUUUUGGUAACAUCUCUCUUCACCAUGCCACUUUGAAGAUAAAAAUAAACUAUUUUGAGACCCAGUCUUAGUAGUAUGGUGAUGACAGACUAGAAAAGCUCACGUGAAAGACAGUGGUUGGUGGCUGGAGUCCAACCAUGAGAGGCAAGGGACUGUACAUACUGGUCAGGCGAUGAUGGGAGAACCUGGGCGGUGGAGCAGGUUCCAUAGAAGAGAUCUGAUAUGCUGUAGGGUUCCAAAUAGGUGACAUGUAAGUCAUCCAUGGAACAGAAACGGAGCCUAAAUUCCUUCCCCCACCUUCCUUGCCCAAUGCUACUUGUGUGGUUUCCCUGAUUCUGCAGGAUUGAAUAAAGCUGAGAGCCAGGAAGACGACGGCAGAUCCCGUCACUUGCUUGAAGUGUAAAAGGGUGACACAAGUAUGCAUGUGGCAGUUGCAAAAGCGCAUGGUUUUACCUCUCGCUCAGCAUCAUUGCAACACUUUGUAACUGUCGGGGCAGCAGGUCAGACAGAUGGGGUGGAUUCAAAGUGCAGGAGGAGGGGAAACAAGAUUGUACAUUCUCCCCAGUGCACAGUCUUGCUUCUUUGGCAAUCCUAGUGCUGCUUAUGUUUUGCUAAGGCAAAAUUGAAUUGCCAUCCAGAAACUUUGUAUUUGUGAGGGAGCAUUUGCUACCUGUUUAACUUGAAGAACCCGACUGAGGAGGUGUGAAAUACAUUGACUAGCAUCUUCUGGUGAAUGCCAAAUGUAAUUGUAGUGAAAUACUGUAGAUGCUUUGUCAGCCGUGGUUCUGGCUGUGAAUCUUGGUGAGGGAAGAAGGGAAGUGCUGUUUGACUUUCCAGCUGAAGUUCUGUAUCCAAGUAGGUUAGGACAUGGGAAGACUUGAUUUCCUGUGUUUUCCGUUGCAGUAGACGUGAGAGGAAUGUUAAAGGCGAAAGACUAGUCAGCUGUGUAGUAUAGAUGGUAAGAACAGAGUGAACGUUGUUCUGUGGAAUGCAGGGUCUCUCCUAGCCAGUCUCUGUAUGCGUGUGUGCUCAAUUUGAAUGCAGUAUUGUCUUGUUACUUUAACCAGCUGCAGUUAUCGGCCCUGCAACUGUGUGUUGCUGAGACCUUCCUCGUACCCAGGUGCGUCUCUUGCUAACUAGAUUGUGCAUUGGUGUGAAGCCUUCACUAAGCAAACCCCAAGCAGCAACUGCACUUUCUGGGUAUUGCAUUGAGCAUCUGCAAUCUACCUGGUGUUUGCCUUCAAAAUCUCAUCCGGGGACUUAGUUUCAGAUGUCAGUGGACAAUGGAGCUGCUGUCGGUGGGGGAAGUAGGGAAAGCAGUUUAAUGAAGCCGGAAGGUGUGAUGUGACAUAUGUUUCUGGGCGGUUCCCUUCUGUAAUGGCAUGGUCAGAAGUGCAAUAGUGCAUAGGCCCAAGGGUCCUGUUGGAACUACAAAAGGGGAUCAAAUAAAGUCAAGAGAGACCUUCUUGCAGGGAACUGACAUGGUUAGGACUGGGCAAAGAGAACUUUGUCACUGGCUGCCACAGUUUUAGCCAUUUCACGAUCGUUAAGAUUUACACCCAAUUCACCAGUUUACAGAGGGGGCCCCCCUAACAUAUUGCCAUGCCAAACAUAAUGACUCUGGCAUAGGAGCAUCUUUCUAGGGAGACUAGAAAUAUUCCAAUACAGUGUGUUAGAAAUGCCAUCCUAGCCAUCAUAGCCUGUAAGGGCCUGUGUAUCUAGAGAAGGCCUCUAGAAAAAACACAACAAAAUAACCAGUCUUAUUCCAAAUGUAUCCUGAUUGCUGAGCACCUGCCCCUUGGAUCUCUAAUGCAAACAUUUGCUGACUGUGUCAGUAAAUGCCCAUAGUGGGUGGUCAUUCCCUAAAGCGGAAAGGGAAAUACACAGUUGUAAAAUGCACUGUUGCCUUCUUGAAUUUAGGGAAACUUUUUAUUUUGAUUUAAUGAGAACAUUAGAAAUACUUGGGAAUCAACUAUUUCAGAGGGGACUUGGUGGAAAGUAGCUUCUAGAUCUGAGGCCUCCUUGCCACUUCCCUACUCUUAGCCCUAAUGUUCAUCAUUCCCCUCCACUAUUGACUUAACCGUCACCCCUCAGUUUGGGGAGGCUGCUAUCCAUUCCAUGGAGUAUACUGUAAAUGUCUGUCUUUCCCAUGGCUAAGCAUUCCUUCUUGGGGGCUUGUUCUAGAUAUUGUAGAGCUGAUGCUCCUGGGAAUGGCUUGACUGGAGUAUCCAAGGGAGGAAAUAACUCUUAGUAAGGAAUGGUGCUCCUCUACACCCUGCCUUCCUCUUCUGCUCAGAUGCCUAAUGGUACAUUCCAAGCUUACUCUCACUCGGCAAGAUCAUGUGUUUGGAUAACAUGGGAAGGAUUGUGUAUCCCAGGCCCGUGCAUCUCAGUACUUCACUUUAGCUAACCAGGUGGUGGUGGUUUGCGUGUUCUUGUAACAAAAUAGCCUUAUUUAUUGUUUACUAAUGGGUCAAAUCCAAAUCUUUUGAUUUUUCUUUCUUGUUGCCUUUUGGUUAGCUUUGUCCCUGAGUUUUCUUGCCCCCCAGAAAAUCACUUUUCAUAUGCAGGUGGCUGCAAUUAAGGGUGAGGCCAGGAGCAGCAUUCCUUCUCAUGCUUUGCAUGAAACUUGUGUCCCUCUCCCUCUGCUGCUGCAGAAGGGCUGAAAGACCCUACUGAAGUUAGAAUAAUUCUCUGCAAGUUCCACAUGUGAGGAUUCCUUCCAGAGUCUGGCACGUGUGAACCAUGCCAACAUCAUGAUCUUGGCCCUGAGUGAGACUCUUGUGAGCAUGCUCUGUGAAGAUGCACUGUAUGCUGGGGAGGGCUGAGCAGGACAGCAGUUUCUAACAUGCAGUUAACUGCUAGCAAAGAAGUUGCUUUUCUUUGCAGUGGGUGCAGGGGGAGAAACUGGAAGGAAAAUAUGACAUACAAACUCAGUGCCAGAGGUGGUAAGCUCUGGUUUAUCACAUUCAGCUGAAUGUGCUUAAGUUGGAGUAUGAUUUCUGUUAAUGCAGAACUAUUUAGUUCAGAAAGAAUGUAGUUGUUUGAGUUCUUUUGCCAGCUUUUGGUUUUCAAAGUUAAUUCUGAGUUCAGUGUGAGACCAGAUCAGAACCGGUCAACUAGCUUUUCCCCCGUUAAAAUAUUUCUAUAUAAUUUUAUAAACUGUUUGUGAUUUGACUAAACCAAUGAGGUCUUUUACGAUAGUGUCAUGGAGAGGAGCAGCACCCAAAUAUGUACUGUUGCUUUCCAGCUUCUGAGGGUAAGGAGAUGGGCCAGCCUAGGUUUUCAGCCUAAUAAUGAGACACUGUGUUGGGCCCCAGUCACAGUGUAUGCUCUAAUUCACAGCAAAGGCUCAGUUGAAUGGGAGAGGAGAGGACUAACUAGUACAGCCAAGAUCUCUUGCACUAUAUGUGUUGCCGAAUGUUACCUGCAGAACCUGUCUGUAAGGGUGAGGGAGCAGCAUCCUGCCUCCUUUACUGGAUAGAAACAGCCUGUGCCACGACCGUUUCCCCAAAACAAACUCUUUAUUUUGAUUUUGUAAUUGAUUGAAAGCAAAAGAUCUGUGUUCUAGGGUAAAUCACCGAAAUGCCAGAGUGCAAAGAGCACUGGAGAGAUUGGAUGUUUGCAUAAGGGGAGACAUGUUAACACAUGCACAGGGAAGGGUCUCUAAGUAGUAUGCAGGGGUAAUAUUGUGAGCCUCCCCAAGUACAAUGUACAAAACAGACUAAGCAAGAAAUCAUAGACUGUACAGUAAAAACUGUUUGAACUUAGUCCUUUUUUUAACGUAACAUUAACAAGACUCUUUGUAAAUUGUUUUCCUUUCUGUGUAUAAAAUCCUGGCAGUUUCUUGUUUUUUACAUGUUCAUGCUGUGUAAUUUUGAGAUGUUACUGAGAUUCUGAACAUAAUGUGCUUUUUUUCUGUACAGAUGAAAUGGGAGAAUUUAAUAAAAAAAAGUCUGCAGGUUUUUACUUGUUUUAUCUUUGUUAAUUGUGAAUUAAAAGGAAUUCACCCACA